AUGCUCCAAGCAUCCUUUGCUUUCAAGACAGUGCAUGGCCAGCCAAGUGCACACUUCGAUGUCAUCGUCGUGUUGCUGAACGUGCGGAAAGCUCUUGGCGAAAAGGGAUGCGAGGUCAAAAGAGUGCAGCACAAGAUCGAGCUCACCUUCGGCUUCAGCCCAGGCUUUGUGCACUUGUUCUUGGAGCGCUAUGACCCGUACCGAGAUGUGGACCCCAGCGAAUGGGAUGCCAUCAGCAUUGCCAAGGGCAAGAUGGGGAGCAAAGGGCGCGGAAAAGGCAAGGGCAAGGGCAAGGGGAAGGGCAAGGACCUUCAAAGUGAUGAAGAAGACGAAGAAGUCGACGAAGAAGACGACUCCCUUCCAGGUCCCUUGUCUGACGAUGUUCCGCAAGGCCAGCAGCGCAAACCGCGCGGCCCUACGACGACCCAGCGCAGGGAAGGUGGCAGGACUUUCUCAGAUGAGGAGUACCGGAAAUCGCUGGAUCGACUGCUGGAGAUUCAGGCCAGGCUGGAAGAGAAGCGCUCGCAGCUGCCACUGGUGGAGGAGCCCUUGAAGCAGCAGUACCGCUUUGCUGUGCGAUUGUGGCGGGAGUUCUCUCUCAGGACUGGCCCGCGUCCGCCCAGGCCGGACGUGGGGGCGAGCAUGAUCUACUCCGGCAUUCCGCCCGAACCCGUGCUGUGCGAUUGGGGCGAUGCUGCUCUUGAUUGGGGCUCACCGACACCGGCUGAUUGGGGUUGGGACGCUCCCAACCUUGAGGAGUGGGGCAGUCCAGAUCCGUCUCAGCCCAAAGGUUACUCCGGGGGUGCUCAGGGCGCCAAAGCCUCCUGCAAGCUGGGCAUCUUCGGCUCCUCGGAAGUGCAGCACCUUCAGCUGGAGGCGUCUGCCACCGUGGCCGAUGUGCUGGAGAAGGUUCGCCAGGAGCGGGGCAUCUCGGAGAAGCGUGAGCUCCAGCUGGUGCUCAUGCCAAGUGGUGAGGUGCUGAACGAAGACUACCGGAUCGACUCGGCCCCCGCGGAUGAAGAGCUGACUCUGAUCCUCUAG